UAAUACAACUUGCAUCUAUUAUAAAUAGAAAAGACGAAGUAAGGAGGAAGGGGUGGGUGGUGGCUUAGAUUCUGGACUGAUGAAUUUUAUGUCCAUUCUCAUGUACUUCACAGAGAGCUGUUCAACGCAAAGUGGCUACGAAUACGAACAAUCCCUUCAUUGGUGUUAUCGUUUGGUAGAAGGGAACAAGUUGAAUGCAGCACAAGCUGCAGAUUUUUGCCGCCUUGAUGGAGCUCGUAUGAUCAGAAUAGAUUCACUGGAAAGACAUCACCACCUAACUGAUCUUUUAUUUUCCCGUAACAUAGAUUCGGCCUGGAUUGGAGGUCAUUCCGCCAAAGACGAUAACACAUUUGUUUAUGAGGACGGUACACCUUUGUCGUAUUUCAACUGGCUGACAGGUUCCCCAUGUUAUGAGAAGUAUAUCAGGAUUAGGGUCGUGGGAAAUUUCUUAUGGGAAAAUGGAUUCGGCACACAACCUCGUGACUUUUUAUGUGAACGUUGACAACUUAUACGUUGUGUACCAUAGUUCGUUUGACCCAAAUAUCUACCGAGAGCAGUGUUAACGUCGGACGCAAAUACAAUGUACCUGGAUGUGGAUCUAAAAUACAAUACAAAUUUUACACCAUAAUGAAGACGUAGGAAUUUGUCAGAUUUUCUACCUAGGGUGCAUUCUUUUCUGCGUCUAGUUGUAUUUUCAUCACUUUUCAUUACCGCCCAUCAUCAACUGAACUUUUUUUCAUUUUUCAGUCGUUACUUACACCAUUUAUCAUUCUUAAUUAAUGCUUUAAUGACACUGUUAU